AUGCUCUCUGGCAAAUGCACGAGGCAGGCCAGCUCACCAUCCUUCCCCAUCACCAACGACGGCUCGCAUCAGAACCAAGUCUGCUCUGCGGCAGCGAUCCGAAUCGAGGAUGCCUCUGCUUUUGGUCCGCCAAUCUGGAUUGCAUCCAACGUGCGUCAUUCAGCAAGAGCUUGCUGUCAGCUCUUUUGACGCGGGUGAGCGGCCCUGACUCUGCCGAAGGAGGUCAUGGACGCUCCUUGCAUGUCAAGAUGCCCAAAGAUGCCCAGGAAGGUCAUUGAGCAGAGUUUCAGAUCGCCCUAUCGGCACGCUGCUGAAAGUCCUCUGCCUUCCUACUGA